GUUCCUCUUCCGGGUCACCCACGGGAGGAGGACGGAGGCGUCGGCGGAGCCUCUUGUGCUGCUCGGAGGGCGGAAGCGGCUCCUGGGAGUCACAAUUCCACCCUGGUAAUACACCAGAAGACUCAUAUGGGAGAGACACCCUUUGCACGUCCUGACUGUGGGAAAUGUUUCAGUAGGAAUUCCCACCUGGUGACACACAAGAGAACUCAUACCCUGGAGAAACUAUAUGAAUGUCCUAAGUGUGGAAAAAGUUUCAGAUGUAAUUCCAACCUGGUAUCACAUCAGACAAUUCACACAGGAGAGAAACCAUAUGAGUGUCGAGAGAGUGGGAAAUUUUUCAGUCAUAAUUCCACUCUGGUAUGGGAAAAGUUUCAGACAUAUUUCUAGUCUGAUAAGACACCAGAGGAUUCACACAGGAGAAAACCAUAUGAAUGUUCAGAAGGUGGGAAAUGUUUCAGUCAGAAUUCCCAUAAUAAUUCCAACCAGGUGACACACUAGAGUACUCACACAGAGGACAAACUACAUGAGUGUCCAGAUUGUGGCAAAAGUUUCAGUCAGAAUUCCGGCCUAAUGAGACACCAAAGGACUCAAUACCAGGACAAAUUAUAUCAAUGUCCAGAGUGUAAGAAAAGUUUCAGUCAUAAUUCCAGCCUUGUGAAACACCAGAGGACUCACACAGGAGAGAAACCGUAUGAGUGUCCAGAAUGUGGGAAAUGUUUCAGUAAGAAUUCCACUCUCGUGAUACACCAGAGGACACACACAGGAGAGAAACCGUAUGAAUGUCCAGAAUGUGGGAAAUGUUUCAGUCACAGUUCCAACCUGGUGACACACCAGAGGACUCAUACAGGAGAGAAACCGUAUGAAUGCUUAGAAUGUGGGAAAAGUUUCAGUAAGAAUGCCAACCUUGUGAAACACCAGAGGACUCACACAGAAGAGAAACUGUAUGAAUGUCCAGAAUGUGGGAAAUGUUUCAGUAAGAAUUCCAACCUGGUGACACACCAGAGGACUCACACAGGAGGGAGACCGUAUGAAUGUCCAGAAUGUGGGAAAUGUUUCAGUAAGAAUUCCAACCUGGUGACACACCAGAGGACUCAUACCCUGGAGAAACCAUAUGAAUGUCCUGUGUGUGGAAAAAGUUUCAGAUGGAAUUCCAACCUGGUAUCACAUCAAACGACUCACACCGGAGAGAAACCGUAUGAGUGUCCAGAGUGUGGGAAAAGUUUCAGUCAUAUUUCCAGUCUGAUAAGACACCAGAGGAUUCAUACAGGAGAAAAACCGUAUGAAUGUCCCGAGUGUGGGAAAAGUUUCAGUCGUAUUUCCAGUCUGAUAAGACACCAGAUGAUUCACACAGGAGACUAUAUCAAUGUUCAGAAUGUGGGAAAUGUUUCCGUAAUAAUUCCGACCUGAUGAUACACCAGAGGACUCACACAGAGGACAAACCGUAUGAGAGUUCAGAUUGUGGCAAAAGUUUCAGUCAGAAUUACAGCCUAAUGACACACCGGAGGACUCACAGCCUUGAUAAAGGCUAAUUACUUGUUUCUGGUGAUCAGCAGAACUUUCAUGAUAUUUCCUUUUGCAGAAGUGUGGAAUUCUUCAAGAAGGCUUUUGGGUGGUGUUUUUUUAUAUUGAUUAUUGAAUUCGCACGAUUGGAGUUUCCAUCUUCUACCUUGGUGUCCUCCAGAUUUUGAAUGCCAGAAUUUUCCAACUACAUACAAGUAGUCCUCGAGAUAUAAGGGUAAUGGGGCCUAUCUAUUAUGGUUUUAUGUUGCAACCACAAUUAGGGUUUUAUGUUGCAAUCACCGUUAAACGAGACUGCUUGGCUUAACUACCCCCACCCCCUUCUCUCCCUGGAUCCAUUCCAGUCAGGUUUCAGGCCCGGGUACAGCACGGAAACGGCAUUGAUCGCGUUGGUUGAUGAUCUCUGGAGGGCUCGGGACAGGGGGUGCUCCUCUGUCCUGGUCCUGUUAGACCUCUCAGCGGCUUUUGAUACCAUCGACCAUGGUAU